AUGUUUGCGGGCCGAGCUUCAGGUGCGGGAGCUGCCGUUGGGCCGACGGCAGCAGGAGGAAAAGGCGGGAAGUUUUCAGUGGAGGAGCUGUACGGGUUCAACAAAAAGCCAAAGGUGAACAGAGGGAAUUCUGGGAAACCGGAGAGGAUUGAUGGGAAGAAAGAACCAAAGGAGAAAGAAGAAUCUCUGCUGGCGUCUCAGAUCCUGGAGGCAGCGAGGAGGCUGAUGGAGAGACGACGACUGGAGAUCUACCUGAAGGAGUGUGAUGUCACCAUGGAGCAGAGCAGCAUGCCAUACAGGAAUCUUGGUAAAUCUGGGCUGAGAGUGUCGUGCUUAGGACUGGGAACAUGGGUGACGUUUGGCUCUCAGAUCUCUGAUGAGAUGGCGGAGAGUGUGAUGACAGUGGCGUACGACAGUGGAGUGAACUUGUUCGACACAGCAGAGGUUUACGCCUCAGGGAGGGCAGAGACGACUCUGGGGAACAUCCUGAAGAAGAAAGGCUGGAGGAGGUCCAGUUAUGUGGUGACCACUAAGAUCUACUGGGGAGGACAGGCAGAGACAGAGCGAGGGUUGUCACGGAAACACAUCAUUGAAGGUCUGCGUGGAUCUCUCUCCAGGUUACAGCUGGACUACGUGGACAUCGUCUUCGCCAACAGGAGUGACAUCAACGCACCCAUGGAGGAAGUUGUUCGUGCAAUGACCUUUGUGAUCGAUCAGGGUAUGGCCAUGUACUGGGGAACAUCCCGCUGGAACGCUGUGGAGAUCAUGGAGGCGUACUCUGUGGCCCGACAGUUUAACCUGGUUCCUCCGGUGUGUGAACAGGCAGAGUAUCAUUACUUCCAGAGAGACAAAGUGGAGCUGCACCUGCCUGAACUUUACCACAAAAUAGGUGUUGGAGCCAUGACCUGGUCCCCUUUAGCCUGCGGCCUGCUGACGGGCAAAUACAACGAGGGAGUCCCCGAAAGCUCCAGGGCCAACAUGAAGGGUUAUGCGUGGCUGAAGGAGCGUCUCUGCAGUGACGAGGGGAAGAAGCAGCUCAGUAAAAUCAAAGAUCUCCACCUGCUGGCCGACAGACUGAACUGCACUGCUGCUCAGCUCGCUAUAGCGUGGUGUCUCCGUAGUGAAGGUGUCAGCUCGGUUCUUCUCGGAGUUUCCAACACAGAACAGCUGCUGGAGAACCUCGGUUCUAUCAGGGUUCUGACUCAGCUGACUCCACCCCUCAUCGCUGAGAUGGAUGCGUUGCUGGGCAACAAGCCACGAAACAGCAAAAAGGAGGCGAAGAGUUGA